AUGCAUUCUAAUGACAUCGACAUGAAGGAUAAUGGCGAGAUGGGAGGUGCUCAUAGAAGUAACUGUAAUCACCGUGAAGAGAAUAGGUUUAGAUUCCCGUAUAUCAAGGGUCUUUCAGAUUCAAUUACUCGUUCAAAUCACACUGCAGCCAACAUAGAAACUAAGUUGGUACCAUCGUAUUAA